CACAUUUGACUAUGACGAAAAUUAAGCAAAGUUCCAUGUUGUUGUUUUCCUACACAUGAAAACAGCUUGAGCUAUCAUGUAACCCAGGGGAAAUUACAUGUUGGAAUUAAGGAAUAAAUGAGACACCUUUGGAUUUCCUGUGGCAGAGCAUAUCAGUAUGGUGAAGGCCAGUUCAGGUGGGAACAUGUGGUUGCAGUUGUUUGGGUUCCUGCGUCAUGUGAUGCUUAACUUGUGCAAGAGUUUAAGAAUAGCUUCUCCCUCUUGUUUACUACUACUUGUUGAUGUGCCAUGAAUGGUGACGUACAGUAUGUCAUAAGAUGCUUCCUGGUGGAUGUUGGAAGUUAGGAGGGUUUGAAUCUAAAUGCAAAGGUUUUGCUCUUAGGCAAAUAUUUUGAUAAAGCCUUUUAAAAAAGGGAUAAAGAACUGAUAAUUAUAGUGAAGGUCUUGUUAGCAAGUACAUUUGUGUUUACAACCAACAACGUUAUAACAUUUCUCAAUUGUCUGACAACUGUGACAAACAUCAACAUAAUAUUGUAAAGAUAAUCUUCAUAUUUGAAAAGCAUUUAUCUCCGAAUAAUUGUUUGGUUUUUUAUCUUGAGAAAAGAGACCUACACAUAAUUAAAGAUCUCAUAAUGAUGUAAUUAACCAGGAAAAAUUCAAUUAAUCUUUGGUUGAUACACUUUUAUCACUGUCAGCAGAAUAGAAAGUGACAAAGUUAUUACAUUCCUUGUUGUGAUCUCACAAGUUAUAUGAAUGGCAAACUAGGUAUUAUGCAACAACUGAAAGGAGUUAAAACACUGAAAACAACACAGCAGUCACAGGAUGUUGACAUUGACUUGUUUAUCAAUAAGAUUGAGCUCCUGCUCUCUGCUGAGCCAGUCACAUGGACCGGUGUUGUCUUGCUCCGUCCACCACUGAUAGAGAGGAGACUCUGGGACAAGUGACACAUGCAGCACUGAGUAGGAGGGGGCCAUUUCUGUGAAAAGAUCCCGAGGCAACAAGCAGGCUGGAAUGUGUGCUCUCCUUGGUGGAAGGUAUCAUAUGUCACCAGCUGUGAGGGGCUGGUAUAAAGGACAGAGCUGCCAGCUCUCAGCCAGAAUAGAUAUCAGCUUUUCACAAGCAGCAGCAGCAGAGGCCAAGGAGAAGUUCCAGGAGUCUGACCUUGUUUUUUUAGUAACUUUUUAAAACCAUCAGAGAGCAAAGCCUGUAUUUUUCUCUCCUAAAGAUUAGAAAACCUACUGGUCUUACGCUAGGCAGUGACAUUAUUAUGGACGUUCAGAGGACAGGGUCUAUGGUUCGGCCCCCAAGCCCAAUGGAUAGCCUCGAGAAGCAGCUGAGCUGUCCCAUCUGCCUGGAAAUGUUCACCAAACCUGUGGUGAUCCUGCCCUGCCAGCACAACCUGUGCCGUAGUUGUGCCAGCGACCUGUACGACUCGCGCAACCCAUACCGCUUCUCCGGUGGCGUCUUCCGCUGUCCUACCUGCCGCUUCGAGGUUGUGCUGGACCGUCAUGGUGUGCAUGGGCUUCAGCGUAACCUGCUGGUUGAAAAUAUUAUCGACCUCUAUAAGCAGCAGCAAGAAGGGAGCAACAGCGAGAGCACUGAACCCACCCUGAAGCCUAAAGAAUCCAAAGAGCCCAUGUGCCAAGAACACGAGGAUGAGAAGAUCAACAUCUAUUGCACUACCUGCCAGACACCCACCUGCUCCAUGUGCAAAGUGUUUGGCCAGCAUAAGGACUGUGAGGUGGCACCUUUAGCCAGUGUUUACACGACCCAGAAGAGUGAACUGAGUAAUGCGAUAGAUACCCUGGUAGCUAGCAAUGGCCGCCUGCAGGCCCUGCUCAACCAGAUGGAAGAUGCCUGCCGUGCUGUGCAGGAAAACGCUCAGCGUGCUAAGCAAGGGCUAGCGGAACGCUUUGACCUGCUAUACGCUGUCCUGGAGGAGCGCAAGACCAUUCUACUAGAGCAGAUUGGGAAAGAGCAAGACGAAAAGGUGGCAGCCCUGCGGGCGCUGGCUCAGCGCUACAGUGAGCGACUGCAGACGAGUUCAGAGCUGACGGAUACCGCUGUGAGGGCGCUGGAGCAGGGGGGUGCUGCAGAGUUUCUGCUGGCCUCCAAAAGCCUCAUCACGAAGACCAAGGAUGCAGCUAAAAGCUCGCUGGGAGAAGACCGGCCGGAGCCAGGCUUCGAGAAGAUGGACCACUUCACUUUGUCGACAGAGCAUGUUGAGGCAGUCCUGGCAAAAAUGGACUUCGGAGUGGUUGAUGAAGAUGAGUUUGAGGAUGCAGAAGAAGAGGAGGAGGAGGAGGAGGAGGAAUAAUGAAAAUCAAACUAGUUACGGACUUGUAAGAAAUACUGUAAUGUGCGACCCAAUUGUAUAUGGCAGGGACUGCAUUUGAUGUUGAAAGAAAUCCAAGGUUAUGGUGGAGCUGGGCGCCUUGCCCAUUCGUUCAGUGCAAUAUUUUAAUGAAGUAUUCUUUGUUUUUCUUAAGUUUUUUUUAUACUUUUGUACUUCUGAGCCAGUUAAAUGGAGAAAUUGGUCUAGAUAAUUGUUCAAAUAACAUGUCUGAAGAUUGAUUACACAUUGUUUUCCUUAUAUGUUUCCUUAUGGUAUUAGUUAUUUGUGUUUUUCUCACUUUGUCCAAGUUUGUGUUGAGCUGGUGAUCAGCUGAUCUGUAAUCACCAAAUUUGUCUUCAAUGGAAUGUGGAAUAAAGCUGCAUGAUGUUAA